CCUCAGUCCACCAAACAAUUCCAUCCUCUCCAAACAAUCAAACCACAACAACCACAUUAAAAAUGACUUUCCCAUACCCCAUGAUCGGCCAGGAGACCUACCGCUUCUCCAAAUCGCGCCAGAACACUCCUGCCACAACUCCUGCAGUGACUCCUUUGGCCACUCCUGCUGCUAGCCAGCUCGAUGUCAGCACCCCGGCGAAUGCCUCUCGCAGCAGCUCUACCUCAAGCCUUGGAUGGAAGCAAAGAAUCUCGCGACGAUUCCACUUUUAAGUGAUUGCGACAGCCAUUAGACAUGGCACAACUUUACGAAAAUGAGGCAU